AACAUACUAUAAUCUUAUUCUUGUACUUUGGUAAUAUAUAAAUUAAAUUAUCCCGCCAUUUACUCUUUGAGUCUUGUACAUCCGCAACUGCGCUUCCUUUCUGUAUAUGACAUCUAAACGAAAAUGUCGCUCGUAAUACCAGAAAAAUUUCAGCACAUUCUCCGAGUUGUCGGAACCAAUAUUGAUGGUAACCGAAAGGUUAUGUUUGCAUUAACUGCCAUCAAAGGAGUAGGUAGACGCUACUCCAACAUUGUUUUGAAAAAAGCUGAUAUCGAUUUAGAUAAACGAGCUGGAGAAUGCACUGAAGAAGAGGUCGAAAAAAUUGUCACAAUCAUGGCAAAUCCUCGACAAUAUAAAAUUCCGGACUGGUUCCUUAAUAGACAAAAAGAUAUUGUUGAUGGAAAAUACUCUCAGCUCACAAGUUCGAAUUUAGAUUCAAAACUACGUGAAGACUUGGAACGCAUGAAGAAAAUUCGUGCUCAUAGAGGACUUCGACAUUAUUGGGGUCUUCGUGUUCGAGGUCAGCAUACUAAAACAACUGGACGUCGUGGACGAACUGUUGGUGUAUCCAAAAAGAAAUAAUUUUCUUAAUUUACAAUAAAAUUUUAAAUAUUUAA